AUGGCGGACAAAGUGAAGAGUAUUGAUGAAUGCAUUUUAACUGCAAACAACUUAAGAACAACCGUGAGAAAAGUAUUUCAAGAUCUUGCAGCUUCUCCUGGAGUGAAAAGAGAAAAAGCAGAAUCCUCAGAGUCUAGCAAAGGUGAAAAUGUCACCCGACUUUUAAAGAAGAAUCUCACCGAAGUUCACAAGGUUUUAAGGUACGCUAUAGUUAAGACCGAUUUAUCCCCAUAAUUUGCAACUGCUGCUGAAAUAAUUAUUUCAUACUCUACAAGGUCGCUUAAAAAUGUUUUUCGAACACAAAGUUGAAAAGAAAACAGAUAUAAGUACUGGGCAGCUUUUGCAUUUCCGUAAUGUGUAAAACUUAACACCAAUGUCAAACGUCAGACGUGCACGAAGGGAUCCAUUCUAGCCGGCUGAGCGCAAAUUUCCUGCGCAAAAUUUGUAAAGAAAACGUAAAAAAACAUAAAGAAGUACCCGCUUUCUACGCAAACUAAGCGAAAGAAAAUUAAAACUUCCAUUGAAAUUUGGGAGCAAUUACGUGACAGGACCUGAACAAUCGAUGAGAUCGAUGAUUGGUGAAAAUCGAUAUCAAUGAAUCGAUUGAUAUCGAUAAUCGAUAAACAACCGAACUUGAAAGUUUCUGUGAUUUUCGAUUCUCAUAGAUUAUCGAUUAUAGUCGAUUUUCAUCACCAACAGAAAAGAAAUACUAUGAAAACCAAAUUUCAAGUGAACUUCAAUCACGUGUACUUGAAGUCUACUCAGAUUUAUAACAGGAAAUGGCAUUCUCACACAACAGCACACAUCUUGCCACCUAGUGAUCACUCUCCUGAUGCAGAAGGUGAAAGCAGUUAAGAUAUUUUGUGGAGAGAAAUGUUCUUUCCAAUUGCUAAUCUGAUAGUUGACAAACACAAAUCACUUUCAUGUCAUUAUCGAUUGUUCAUCGAUUGUAUGAUACCAAUUGAUAACAAUUAACUGAUAUGCAUCUAUGGAAACUGAUUGAUUCAUUAGAUUUCCAAUCAUUGAUUUUCAAUGAAUCUUAUCCUGAUUUUAAAAUUUAGAAUAUAAGUUAACUUCUUUGCUUAAAACAAGGGCCCAAAAUGACAAUGAUUUUUAAAACAAGUAAUUUUGGCAUUUUUCUCUUAUUUCAAGUACCUCCUAAGAUUAUGAAAUAUUCUUCCUUAUAUAGCUUUUUUUCCCUCAAAUCAAGAAAUGCAAAAACAGUAAGCUUAAGGACCAGUAACAAGGGAAUUUAAGGCUGGUGUCUACUGGCCACAGAGUGAGAGUCAGAGUUGUAGUCAGAGUCAUCAGAGUUGUAAGAGUGCUUCCAGCUAGUGAAAAUUGAAAGUCAAAGUCAUAAGCAUAGUUAUAAGUUAGGCAGAUUUGUAGUAUCAAGAAUCAGAUUGGUUUCAUGUUCUUUGGAUUAGACUACUUAUGACUCUGAUGUUUAUGAUCAGUAAAAACUUGAUUGUCGGAGAUAGAAGCAGACUAGGAAGAAUCACCCAAUCACAAUAACAGUUCUCAGGCCCUUCCAGCACAGUCUUCCACUUACCACUCAGACAAUUUACUGUAGUUUUUGCUGAAUCAUAAGCAACAGAGUAGUAAGUAUUUUUCUUUUGAUUCUGUUGAUUUGAUUUUCACUUGGUUGCAUCUUAUGAUUUAGACUCAGACUCAGGCUCGGUCACCAAUAAAAAUCAACCUAAAAGAAUAAGGAAGCUGCUUGUUAUAUGUAGAAAUUUAGCUUUCAGUGUGAAUCUCAAGAAUGUAUAUAUUACAUGUAUUUGACAGGUCUCCUCCAUCUUAAGUUUAAAUUACAAAGUUACAGAGUUAAUUUUGUUAACUAAAGUAACAAAGAAUGCUCAAGUGUUUUGAUUUGCCAUGUUUCAAUUUGCCAGUGAGUUGGAUAAAACAUGCGAGGGUCUACCAACAUCAUCAAGUGGCUCUCUUUCUUUGGGAAAUACAGGAUUAUUAAGCUUGGAUCCUAUUGAAGACAAGACUGCACUGUAUGACAAGGUUCUAGACACAUAUGACUGGCAUGAGAAGGUAUUAAUGAUAAUUCAGUUUUAGUGACUGACGCAUACAGGCUUUAACUUCAUAUUAUUGCAGUACAAGACCAGAGAAAUGAAAAUUAUCCCUCAAAUAAAGAGAUACAUUAAGUUAAGUUGUUCAGUUUAUAUUGUCUCAGUAUCAAAUGGUCUUUAAGUUAUUGAUUGAGCCAAGUCAAGAUCAAAUAGAGCUCAUUCAAUGUCACAUCAACCUUUCAAUCAGUGAAUGUUUCUGCACUAAAAUUGGGAGUGAAAAUUUACAUUGUGCAGGUGCAUAUGAUUAUACAAUCUCUUACAGCACUAUAAGAAAUAACAUCUUUUGUUGUUUUAUUUUAAUUUUUAUGUUAGCUGACCUCAGAGGCUCAACAGGCAUUAUCAUGUUUGAAAAGACAUCAUCCCUUACAUGGUUCAGAUCGUUCUUCACCAUCUCCAAAGAAGGCAAAGACAAACUCAAGAGAGUUCCUACGAGGGUAAAUGUUUCUGAGAUGGUUUCACUUUUCACAUCAAUUUCCAAGAGCCUAAAUACAACAUGAUGGCAAUAUAAGUGACAGAAGGUGUCAUUUGUGUCAAGAUUUGGGGCUGCACAGUAUUAUUAUGAUGCAUUGCAUUUAUUUUUUUCAUUGGCCAAGAGCUCACCUGUGACUGGUGAAUAAACUCCUUCAAAUUAUGGUCCUCUCAUGGGUAACACCUGCUAUCCCAGUUAGAUCUGGAGCAGUUUUUUUCCUGGAAAAAGGCAGAUUACUUUCCCAAGCUGUCUGAGAUUCUGGAAAAUAAAUAUGACAUACAAUCUUGGCAAAUUACAAAAUAGAGUGACUUGCCUGUGUCUUAUAGAUCAAUUAGGUUCUGGGGUAUGAGUGACCCUUUCACCAAAGACAUGUAAUGAUGGUUUGCUCAGCCUCACUUCAUAAUUGCUAAAUAUUGAAAUUUUGGUUAGUGCAAGCUGCUGAUAUUGUGGAACUAAUUAACACCAGUUGUCUUUGCUAGACUGUGGUUGAUGGCAUUUUGCAUUCACAUUUCAAACUAAACUCUAAAAAAAUUGAAAAGUUCUCAAGACAACCUUCAUUUCAUUUUUUUAAUCUUGAAAUGCAACUUGCACAAUGUUUCAAGUAAUUUCCAGGGGUAGUUUUUUGCAAAAAUGUAGCUUUUGCUAUGUUGGAUUUGGCCUGUUGGAUUGACAAGAUAUUGUCAGUCUGUUAUUUCAUUUAGUGUGAUGGACUACCAUGUUAUAAUGGACAAAGUCAUAUUUGUGGGCAGGUGAACAACUUUGCAACAUGUGUGAUCUUGAUUAUGACUUGUUGAUUACUCACAAUGUUGCAGGGAAAUUCAAAAAGCUUUGAGUGAAAGCAAGUCUUUGUAUCCUUGCUUAGAGCUGUCAACAUCAAUGGCGCAUGGAGCUCCUGUUGUUGAGGUAUGACGAGUUUUGUGUCCAGCCUAUGCUAAAACAGUCUCUAUGAAGUGUUGAAGUCAAUUUGAUAAGAGUACAAAUUAAAACCUACAUAUAAGUAUUCUUGAAUGUGAUUGGUUAUUAGCAGUGCAAGUCUUGUUAUUUAUAUUUUUUCACUCAAAUUGCAUUUGAAAUGUUUGUGUUACUUGAUUGAAAUACAACUUAAGCACAGGAAUAAGUAGAACUUUUUCUACCUGCCUUUACAUAAAUGUGGUACUGAGUGAAACUCAAGGAGAUCUUUAAUAAUGUUUACUAGGUUGUUGUACCAAAGACAUUGAAAGCAACAAUGAUUCUUCGCAAUAUGUCAGAAAUUGACCAAGUCGUAAUAAGAGGAAUACAGGAGAGCAAGCUCCUGGAUAAGGAGGUAAAUAGCUGAUCAACCUUUAAAAGUAUUUCUUUUACUCACAGUUCGGUGGAAUUUACUUACUUGAAAAAAGGUUGGUCCAUUGUUUAACAUGGUAGACAGUUAAACCCCCCCCCCUUUCCAGAAGACUGGAAGGCCAGCCCUCUCAAAUAUCCCCUGAAUCAAAUUUGAACACAGCCAAUGUCACAUUGAAUAAUAGAAAAUAUCCGAAGCACAAAUAAGUGUUAUUGGAAUUCUCUACACACAUGUAUUUUCCAGUUGAAGUUAGCUUGUGGUAGCCUCCCAGUUAGUGGUUGGUGGCAAACGAGUAUUACAGGCUCACUUCCUUUUUUUUCCUUCCUUGCCUAAACUCUGUCAUUUUUUCACGUGCCUGCUUUUUCAUUUGCUUCCACUGACCAAGAGACUGGCAUAGGCUAUUGGGAGUCAUGUACAUGUAUAGAGGAAGUCAUGUGAACCAAAGACUAAGACCUAUAUCUACCGGUGUAAUACACAGUGUUUACGUCUGAGCAUUUACAUUUAAAUUCAUAUUUAUCCAAUUUUAUAUUACAAUUUUUAUCGUGCAACAUGUAAUGCAGCCCUCAUUUUUACAAAAAAAAAACAGCUUAGAGUCGAUCAUUAGCAAAUUAGCUAGUAUGAAACUCACCAAAUCCACGAUGGUGAAUUUCAACAUCCAGGAAUUAGAAACCACAAAAUGGUAAUACUUGAAAUAUUUCUUUGCUUCAAUUUACGUUUUUUUUUUCAAUGAAUACAUUUUUCUCGUAGGAAUCAUGGUCGCAGUCAGCUCAUGCUGUCUUCAGAAAGGUGAUUAUCUCUAUGUAUCGUGCAUAGAAUUUAAUUGUGUUUAAAAGCUUAUUAAGUGACAUUGCUUUUUACUAUAAAAUUUGUGCACAAAAGUGAAUAAUCACGGUCCUCUCUGUUAUAAUCCUAAGUACUAAGAAAUGACAAUCAUACAGAAUUAUACAAAAUCAUCUUGUUGUUUGCCAGAACAAGCAAAGCUGCAUCAAGGGGAAGGUGUACGUUAGACCGAGGCCAUUUUCUCCCCUGAUGCAGUCCACGGGUGGGAAAGGGUGGGUAAAUGACAGAAGAGAGAAACGAAUUAAAAGUGAUAUUACGGAAUAAGAAAUGAGCGCACAUGAUCUGGGAAGAAAUCAUCUACAUAUGUAACUAGCGGAUGCUUUGUGUGAUACCGCCAAUGGGCGAUAUCUGAUGGCUCACAUGCAAUUGUUAUCCAUCAGAUAACAGAUUAUGCAACAUCAGUUGUAUUACACCAUUACUCCCCAAGUGAUCCUACAUCUCAAGUGAGAGGCUUACUGGUAAGUUAAGUAUAAUUUUUUGUCUGGCAUUAGUUCUAAUGGUAGGGUAGUUUUAAAAUUUAAGGAGAUUAUUUUCAGAUAUCUAUGGUGAAAACAUCGCAGCUUGAACUCAAUGGAUGCAAUUUUUUACGCCUGAGUUGACGAAAAUGUAAGUGUGAUUGUUCUUUGAAGAGUAUUGUGGUGAAACCAAAACCAAAUUGAUAUCAAGUGCCAGUAAAAGGCGACGAAAAUAUGAUCAGGAGCCAUUCGCAAAUGUAGAGCUGGAAGUGAAAUAAGGAAACUUCCUGAAGCGCACACUCCUAAGAUUGAUCUAUCGGUACAAAAACGAAACUUGCGUGAUCGUUUUUGAUUUUGUCCUUCAGAAAUGGCUGAACAGCUUUCAAGCUCUUUUCUCCAUUAAGUGUGUCGGCUGUGGCUUUCACUUAAAGGAGGAGACAGAAAAUGUCUUCCUUCCCCCUUGCUGGCGAACAUUCGAAGAUCUAUCACCCUACCAUUACCAAUGCAGACCUUAGUCACUGUGCCGCUUUGCUAGCAUUUGUGCAAGUUUUUGUGCUGGGAAAAAUGGCAGACAUUUCUGAGGAGUGAUACCGUUUGUGUAAGGUUCAGUCAAAACUGGCAAACAAUUGUCAGAACGAUAGCGCGUGGUUGGUACAAGUGGGACAAGAUUGGCGCACGAUUUGUGCGAGGUUUGCAGUAUGCAAUAAGAGAGUUAAACUUCGACCUACCCUCCCCAGAAACCUCUUAGUUAUUGUCUUGUUGACCCAGGAUCUCAGUUUGGAAUCCUAUAAAGUGUUUAUUUUGUGAAAAGGUGGAGAAGAGUCGAAGUUAAAUGUAGUAUGUUUGGUAGGAAUUUGUACAAUUCCAAAUCUAAAGCAGGUGAAUGACUAAUUUCAAACAUGCAAGAAAUUGACUGUGGUCGAAAGAUGUAUUACUGCUAUUGUUUGUGCACUGAAACGAAGAAUUUUGUUGGCAAAAACAGCGUCGACCAAAGUCUUGAACAUUGUGCUGUAAGGUGCCUUUGUGGUAGUGCGAUAUUUUAGCUGCCAUCCUCGGAAAAAUGUACAUGCAGCAUCAACUGCCUUUAAUUAAGUCUUUGGAAAACGCUUAUAUUGUGGAGAUAACAUCAUAGUUCAACUCGAGGCGCUAUUUCCAUGGUUUCUUAGUUGAAUCACAGCAGUAAAUAGGUACGGUAGUGAUAGUGCCCUUAUAAUGCAAGAAAAAAAAUUACAGACAGGCUGCAAACAAGGAAACAGUGGUGUAAUCAAAGAAAAAACUCAAAACAGGGGUUAUUAGAACUGUAGAUAGAUAAUUUAGACGAUAUCACACAGUGCUCAGUUUUUCUAGUGUCUUUUGAAAAGAACUGACAGCUUGGUGAAAAAUGACUCUAAAGGGACGUAGAAUUGUAGGGUACAUAUGUUUAUAGAUAUUCCUUUCGUUGAAAGUAUAACAGCUGACAAAACUAUGAGAUAAAAUACAGUAAGGAAAUUUAUUUUUGUUUAAUUUUUCUCUUAGUUGAACUAAUUUUUAGCGCUCAAUAAAAACUCUAAGUAAUUCUUAAGCAACAGUUGAAAAAAAAAAAAUCACAAACUUAACAUGUAUUUGAAUAUUUACAAUAUUUUAAUUGUUUUAAGUAACUAUUAAAAUUGUUGUUGUGUAAGGAUGCAGUAUGUUAUAAUACAGUGCCUUGUUUCUUAGCGGUGGAAUUACCAAUUCAUGCAAUUGGACAAAGGAGCUCAAAAAAUGAGAAAAAUCAGGGCUUUGUAGUCGCUACUCUAUGGUGAUUACCUUGAGGAGAAGCCAAGAAUUCAGGGCCUGGUCGAAAAAUUCGGGUCCUUUCAACACCCAAAGGAGAAUAUCAAGUUAAGAGACUGAAUUCAACGUAAGAGGUCAUCUUAGACUCAAAAUAUUUCGUCUCGCGUGUCAGAGCACGAACAGACGUCGCACGUGAUAUCCAUGUGAGCAAAUUGCGACUCCUGAUGGCUAUUUCUAGAUCCUGCUGAAAUCUUGGAGAAAACUUGCGUGAUCUAGCAAUAGCUUGAAGAGGUAUUACUGAAGGAGCGUCAUGCUCUCCUGUUUCGCAGUUGCCUAAAUUGGUAUUUCCACUAUGCGAAAAGGGUGAUAACUUUUAUGUUCACGUGUUUUGUUUACUACGACAAAACCUAGCAGG